ACGAGAUAGGCGAUAGGAAUGUAUUUUGCGGACUGAAAUAUCCAGCUACAGCUGAUGGAAAGAAGAAGAUACAUCCCCAUGAAUGGAUAUAUCGAUCUCCGUUUGCCGUCAUGCAUGCAGCCGGGCCUCUAGCUUGCGUUUUGUCUGAACCCAGCCCUCGAGACAAUACGCUACACGUAGCCGGAGGCUCUUCCUCCGUCUAGCCUCCGUCUUUUCCCCCUCCGCCCCUGCCGCUCCCAGAGUUCCCUAUGUUAACCCUCUUGAGCAUGUUUUACUAUAUAUGUCUGCGGCGGCGCUCCAGGAGCGGGACUCGAGGCGAGGCACUGACCAGCCGGCGUGCCGUGGAGUCGGGCCAGAGGGCGGUGCUGCCGGUUAGCGUGGAGGUGGAGCAGUACGCCAAGGAGGUUCUGGACUUCAGCUCCCACUAUGGCAGUGAGAACAGCAUGUCCUACACCAUGUGGAACCUGGCCGGGAUCCCCAACGUUUACCCCAGCUCGGGGGACUUCACGCAAACGGCCGUGUUCAGAGCUUACGGGAAGUGGUGGGAACAGUGCGCCAGCGCUCCCUUGGCGUUCCGCCGGACCCCCGACGGCUUCCACAGUCAGGAUUACAUCGAGCUGGGCUUCGAGGAGCCUGUCUACCCCACGGCAGUGGAGGUGUUUGAGACUUAUUAUCCUGGAGCCAUCGUCCAAAUCCUGGCCUGCUCCCACAACCCGUUCUCCCAAAACCCACCCACUGAUGUCAGGUGGGAGGUGUUGUGGUCAGGAGAGCCCACCAAAGCGCUGACCCCCCAGGCUCGACAGUUCUCCCCGAAAAUCAAACACAUCAACUUCCCCACCAAUCUGCUCCGCCUGGAGGUCAACUGCUCCCUGCUGGACUACUACACCGAACUGGACGCCGUUAUCCUCCGCGGGGUGAAGGAGAGGCCCAUGCUCGCACUUUAUAAGAUGCCUCUCAUCGACAUAAGCGACUUAAGCGACAGCGAGGACGAGAUGUCUGACGUCAGCUGUCCUUUCAAACCAGGAGGAGACGGCAAGCAGCAGAGGACGGCCAAUGGCUACUUUGACAAACUGCCAUACGAGCUUAUCCAGCUGAUUCUGAGCCACCUGACCCUGCCUGACCUCUGCCGUCUGGCCCAGACCUGCAAGCUGCUGCACCAGCACUGCUGCGACCCGCUGCAGUACACCCAGCUGAGCCUGCAGCCGUACUGGGCCCGGCUGAGUGACGCCUCCCUGGGACACCUGCAGAGCCGCUGCACCCUCCUCCAGAGACUCAACCUGUCCUGGACGGGCAGCCGCGGCGCUCUCACCCUGACGGGUUUCAGCAGUUUCAUGAAGGCCCGCGGUCUCAGCCUGGUGUGCCUGGAGUUGUCGUGUUGUCACUUCCUGAAUGAGCCGUGUCUCGAGGUCAUCGCCCAGGCCUGCCCCAAGCUGCAGGAGCUCAACUUGUCGUCGUGCGACCGCCUCCACCCGCAGGCCUUCACGCACAUCUCCAAACUCUCGCACCUCCGCAGGCUGGUGCUGUACCGCACCAAGGUAGAGCAAACAGCCAUCCUCAGCAUCCUGACCUUCUGCCCUGAGAUCAGACAUCUCAACCUGGGGAGUUGUGUGAGGAUAGAGGACUAUGAUGUGGUUGCCAGCAUGCUGGCCACUCGGUGCCGCUCCCUGUGCUCUCUGGACCUGUGGCGCUGCAGGAACCUGACGGACCGAGGCCUGGCCGAGCUCGUUACCGGCUGCAGGAUGUUGGAGGAGUUGGACCUGGGCUGGUGUCCCACCCUGCAGAGCAGCACCGGCUGCUUCCAGCAGCUCGCCCGCAGCCUGCCCCGACUGAGGAAGCUCUUCCUCACCGCCAACCGCACCAUCUGCGACUCGGACAUAGAGGAGCUGGCCACGUGCUGCCCGGCGCUGCAGCACCUCGACAUACUGGGAACACGGUUGGUGAGCGACGCGUCUCUCAAGAAGCUCCUCCAGUCGUGUCCUCAGCUUGUCCUGCUGGAUGUCUCCUUCUGCUCCCAGGUGGACACCCGGGCAGUCCAGGAACUCUCUAGCCUCUUCCCCAGCGUGGCCAUCAAGAAAAGUUUUACUCAGUGACCCCCCACGCCGGUCGAGAGGCGUCACGACCAAGUGAGAGGUUCACCAGCGGGUUCUGGCUCCCCGACGGGUCCGAGUGACACCAAACGCCGGGAAUAGCUUACGUCCUCGGAGCGGUCAGACGUCGUCAGAGAGAUUAUUUGGACUUUGAAUGAACAAGCAGCCGGCCUUCAGACUGUACGACACAAAAACCUCCCCCGCUCCGAAUCAGGGUUGCUGACCUCUUAAUCUGACACUCAACGUCUACUUUUUAUUUUUUAUUUUUUGCAUCGCCAAGCUCCAAAAGGACGAGAAACUCGGCGCGACGAGUGACACGCUAAGGAAGCGACACCCGUGCAUCGUGCUGCUUACUUAGGCGAACAAAACCUGAGAACCGCUGUAGAAGCAAUAGUGAGUCCAAAGACUUGCUCAUCGUCCAAUGAAGUGAAAACAGACAGAGGUGAACAGAAGGAUUAAGUCCAAGCUAAGGCCUCCAGUCGGGGCACGGAGGGCAAAGCCUCCAUCCCGUCCCAGCUGUCGCUGCCCCCGGUGUCAGCUUCAGGGACCAGGACUUUGUCCAGAGAGGGGACAUUCCUGGCCGACUGCUGCUGGUUGCCAUAGGGAGAGAGCUUCACCUAGUGGUUCUGAUUGGUCCAAUUGGUCCCUCUUCAUGGCGACACCCUCUGAGUCUUAUGAUGGUCAGCGUCAUCUCUGAGGAGCUGCUGCUGCUGGUUGGACAUCCUGCUUCAUGUUUCAAAUCACUGUUUUUUCUUAUGAGAACAAACUAAAGUUGUCAGUCUAUCUUAAAGCAAACAUAUUUAGUCGUAAUUUCGAUUAAAAUGCAUGUUGUUUCCAUCCACCAUUAAAGUACAGAUUGUUUAAACACCUCGUCUUAUUUACCACUGUUCAGGUUUUCACUCUUAAAUGAACAAAAAUAGUUGUUUUUCCACAUAUUGACAUUAUUACAAAUAAAAUAAAGCUGUCUUUAAGAUUCA